AUGGGACUCGGAGGUGAUAUAGUUCAGAUGAACAUUGGGCAAAUCUUCCAAUCACCCUUUGUUCCCUCAGUAGAUCUCACUGGUCAAACUAUCGUGAUAACUGGCGCGAACACUGGUCUUGGAUUCGAAGCCGCAAAGCAUCUGUACAGCUUGAACGUUUCGUACCUCAUUCUUGCUUGCCGAUCCGAAAGGAAAGGUGAGAAGGCAAAGAACGAUGUUAUAGCGAGCUCGAGAAGGUCGACUCCUGGCAAGGUCGAGGUCUGGCCGCUCGAUAUGUCAGACAACGCAUCUAUAUUGGCUUUUGGAGAGCGACUCAAGACUUUGCCUUGUCUUGAUGCUUUCAUCGCCAAUGCUGGUGUGGACAGAAACCAUUUUGAGUUGGACCAGGGAUACGAGUCGUGCAUUACGAUCAAUGUAAUCUCAACAUAUUUGGUCGCGUUCCUAGCCCUACCGAAGCUUUACGAAUCAUCCAAGCUGAAUGGGAGACCAUCACGACUGGUCAUCGUUGGAACCGUUGUCCAUAUCUUUGCAAAGCACGAGUACCUUGUGCUACCUCAACCUGGACAAGUGUUUGCGUCUCUCAAUAACGAUCAGAAGGCCGAUAUGGGUGAUCGUUACAACCUUAGCAAACUCAUCUCUUUGUUGAGUCUGCAGCAGCUUGCGAAAGAGGCAUCGAUAAAAUAUGGCCAGGACACCCCGGUAAUUUGUUUUCCAAAUCCAGGAUGGUGCAGGACAGAGCUCUUUCGGACCAAUAAUGGCGGGCUUGGAGGCAGGAUCGGAUUGCGCCUGAUUGGAAGAUCAGCAGAAGAAGGAUCUCGCGCGCUCGUACAUGCCGCAGUCACUGAUGAAGAUUUCCAUGGGAAGUAUAUCAGCGAAUGUCGGGUCAAGCCAGUCUCGACUUGGAUGAGAACUGACGAGGCACCCAAGGUGGGCAUCAAAGUAUGGGCGGAAUUGAAAACCAUCCUGGAGCAUAUACAACCUGGUGUUACUCAGCUGUAA